GAGAGGAGGGAGACGUGAGGAAGAAAAUCUGCUCCUGGGACCCACAAUGGUCCUCCCCCCAUGCGGGCAACGCGGAGGACGGGGGCAGCCGGGAGGGCACGUGGGGCAGCAGCAGCAGCAGCAGGGAAGGGGCAGGGAGGCCCUGGGAGGGAGGUACACACUUCUGGGACCACUGGGGAGCGGCACGUACGGCAAGGUUCACAAGGGCGUGGAGCGACUCACGGGCCGACAGGUGGCCAUCAAGACCAUCCGCAAGGACAAGGUGCCGGGGGACGAUGGCAUCGCGCGCAUCCGCAGGGAGAUCCGCCUCAUGGCCACCCUGCGACACCCCCACAUCAUCGGGGUCCACGAGGUCCUGGAGAGCCGGGAGCGCCUGGUGCUGGUGCUGGAGCUGGCGAGCCGUGGGGAGCUCUACGACCUCGUCUCACACGAGCGCAGGCUGCUUGAGGACGAGGCCCGCCGCCUCUUCCGCCAGAUCGUGUCCGCCGUGCUCUACUGCCACCAGAAUGGUAUCGUCCAUCGUGACCUCAAGCUGGAGAACAUCCUCCUGGACGAGAGCUACAACGUGAAGAUCGCCGAUUUCGGCCUCUCCAGCGAGUUCGGGAACGGACGUUUGCUGAGCACGUUCUGCGGGAGCCCCCUGUACGCGUCGCCCGAGAUCGUCAACGGCACGGCCUACCUGGGGCCCGAGGUUGACAGCUGGGCGCUGGGGGUGCUGCUCUACAUCCUCGUCUACGGCUCCAUGCCCUUCCACGGGCGCCACCUGAAGGCGCUGACACGGCACAUCAGCCGCGGAGAGUACGCAGAGCCGGCGCAGCCGUCAGACGCGUGCGGGCUCAUCCGCUGGCUGCUCAUGGUGAACCCGGCACGCCGGGCCUGCGUGCGUGACGCCGCCGCUCACUGGUGGGUCAACUUGGGCUACGACACGCCGCUCGGCACAAGCUGCGACGAGCCCCCCACCGUCGCCGCCACCGCGCCGCCCACUUCUCUCACGCGGUGGCUCUCCGACAGGGACCUCGGCGAGACCGGUAACCCCGAGGACUUAGGCGACCCCAAUACGGCUGCUGACCCCCAACCGUUGGUCGGAGAUGGUGGCUCCCCCUUGCCGGCCUCGCCGAUGCCUAACCGGCAAUGGAGCGAGGAUGACGACACUGCUGCCGCCGCCACCACCACCGCCGCGGCCCCAAGGCCUCCCAUGCAGUGGAUAUCUGACGGGGACCACGGUGAGACCCCUAAAAGGGGCCCUGGGGACGUCAACACGGCUCCUGGCCAUCAGACGUUCAUCCGAGAGGAUGGCACCUCCACCUUGGCCUUGUCGGCACAAGAACAGUGGUUACACAUUGCCACCGCCACCACCACCAACGCCACCACCACCACCGUAAUCAUCGCACAGGGACAUUAUGGGUCAUCACCGGUGGGCGACGAAGCCCGGCAGCCCCCCAAAGGGAUUCUCAAGAAUCACGGAGGUCUCCUGCCAGACCCCGAGUCCUCCGAGGAUGCCGCGUGGACCCCAACGGCACCGAUGGGGGUGGCGAUGGACGGCGGUGCCCGGUGGCGGGGUGUGUCCGCGAGGGCGCUGGACGGGGCGGGCGCGGUGCCGCGCUGGCGCACGAGGGGGUCGUGUCACGCGGCACCACGGCGAGCGUGCUGCCCCGAGGGCAGCUGCCCCGCGUCCUCCUCCCCCACCAUCCCCGUGCUGCCCCCGCCGCCCAGGAGCAUCCUCAAGGUCAACGGGAGGUGUUCGACGAUCCGGGACCCGCAGCGCGAGCACGGCCGCGAAUUCGCGGUCGAGGACGACGAGACAACGGCGGGGCCUGGGGUGGUGACCGACACCGACAGAGGAGGGACCGGGCACUCGGUUCAGCCCAGGGGACCCCGACCUCUCCUGGACCCCCACUUAAGUGACCUCGCAGCAGGGCACCUGGCGGAGGGGCGAGGGGCAGCGACGUGAUUGGAUCGUGGUUGUGGAUUUCCGUGGGUGGGUGUUCGGGUUGCCUUACCCGUAAGACCGGGACACAACGCGGGAAGAAGAUUAAAUCGCAGGAGCAGAAGAGGGGAGACCGACAACGUGGUGAAUUGCGUCGUCUCGAGUGGUGCGGUGCUGGUAUAAUUAUUAUUGUUGUUGUUGUUAGUCAACCGACAAACACUGGGACUUUGAAUGUCCCCAGAAGACUCCGCACAGAUAUCUCCACACAGCAGCUGCCUCGACAAAGAGGACCAUCCUGGCAAAACCUGAGCACGAAGCAAUCGCUCACGAGAUUACGCGUCGAACAGAACAAAUGAACGCGCGUCAAUAAUAAAAAAGUGUAUUUUUAUUACACGUCUCAUCGGCCAUACGGCCUUCAGGGAGCACAUAACUUCAGCAGCAUUGGUUCGAGCAACAGCCUCGACUGGUUUCGACGUUCAGUGUCUCAUCAGCAGAGUCGGGCUUGGCUUAAACAAAUGCUGGUGAGGUGCCAUGACGGUUUGGCAUCUGGAAUGGGCGUGGAUCGUUCAGGAGCGUGUACCUGCGUUGGGGUUUUCACCGUCACAGUGUCACGUCGCAAAUCUGAGACCGUUCAUAUUUGCCCCAUUCAUAUUUAUUCCGUAAUCUUCAGUCGUAACGUUGCUGUGAAUCGCCUUGGCGACAACGCGCGCCCGUGCGCGACUCCCGUGUCCGACACGCUACUCUGUGCAUGCAGUCCCAGAGUAGACGAUCUCGCUUUGUUCACGACCCGUAUGGUUUAUCUAAAUGAGUAUUUGUUUUAUGAGCCAUUUGUUUGUGAAAACCGUAUCUAUGUCUCCCGAGUGAAAUGACGUUUUCUCGUCGACAAAGGGCAGGCCGUAAGGGUGUUAUCCUCGUGUGCUGCCACCACAGGCGUCCGUUUGUCGCGUAUGGGGCACACUGAUGACAAUGAUGUAUGUAUGUUGAACCUCUUUCGCACCGUACGUAACCAACCGUGCCAAUCGGAGGUGCGGGUGAAAGAUGACAAACUAAACACGCACAGAACAUGAUGCCGUGGUCUGGUCUGCAAGUAGCUCUGGGCGAGGUUCUCGAGUAAGUUGGUAUAUUUGUUAUCACGCACUCUUACGAGUUCCACUUUAAGUGUUAUCCCUCUUAGGAAUUCCUCAGUGUUAUUUAUCUUAGGAAUGGCACUUAGGAAUAUCACUCAGGUUGCAAAACUCGCUCAGACUCGGGGACGGAUCCCGAACAUCUGCCGCUCAGUAACCGAGUUCUUGGUCUCCGUGCCGGAGACCCCGGUCAAGCUGGGCUGGCCGUAUCACCGCACGAGGCUUGCACGUGGGCAGCAGCAGCAGAGUCACCACGAGGUGCGGAUCUUAGCUCCCGUCGACUGGGCCCCGCGAUAGGAUGGAGCAGGUUGAUUACGGUGGCUCUUGCAGCCGUGCAGGCGUAGUUUGUCGGCGUUGAUGUGUUUGUGCUGGAAAAGUAAUUAGUAAUAAGUCUGGUAUCAGGUGAACAAGACACGUUGUGUACUGGCGUUAUUACUUCGUCCUAUAAAGGGUCAUUGUCCGAAACGUCGCCUUAUCUACACUUUUCAUUUUGAGGCCGCAGUGCAAUUGACGAUUGGCUCGUGUGCAGCACAGAGGUCGCAAACGAGUUUUGAUUCCUUACCCGUACCCGUACCCGGCCGCACCAGGGUCGCAAACGGGUACCCGUACCCGGCCGGGUACGGGUAGCCGGGAAUCGGGUAGGGUACGGGUAUCGUGUACCCGAUUGCGACCUCUGGUGCAGCAGGAGUGAGACGGAUCGUGGCAUCUCGAGACAACGCGAGCAUCCAGAAUAAAACGAAACAAAAUAAACUAUUUUCAUUUGACCAGGUAAGGCCCACUGAGCUGUAUAGCUCUUUUUCAGAAGCGAAUUGCCACAAAUUAUAGCCCAAUGAAGUGGCUUAUCAUGUGGAAAUCUAUAGCAGCCGAAUAUUCUAAACGCUUGUUUCUAAAUGUGGAAGGAAAACCCGGACGAUCUGGAGAAUAAUCCAGGCGACCACGGGGAGACGCGCAAACUCCAAAUAUAGAGCAGGCAUCAGGGUCGGGACCGAAUCC